GUGGAAAAGAAAAAGAGUGUUUCAUUCUCAAAUGUGUGGCCAUAGUUUGGUGUUUGUUAACCCUCACAUUUGUGAGCCAAUAUAAGACAAACAAGAUCGAUGAGUUGUUGCUUGGUGUGCGAUGGCGUCCGUUCUCAAACUAUCUUCGUUUAUCUCUCUGCACCAAAAGUUGAAUUAUGUUAGCUUUUCGCCCAAAUUUCAGCAGGUUAGUGUCAGAAAUGGGAGAUGGAAUGUUCCCACCAUGACAGUAAAAGCUCAGACUGCUGUUGAAGGGGAUGUAAUUGAAAAUGAAUCAGUCUCCUCCAAUGAAGAAAACGAUUAUGGAGUUGUUAGUGUUCAUCAUGUUGGAAUUUUAUGUGAAAACCUAGAAAAAUCACUUGACUACUAUCAAAACGUUCUAGGUCUUAAGAUAAACGAAGCACGACCACAUGAUAAACUUCCAUACAAGGGUGCUUGGUUGUGGGUAGGGUCUGAGAUGAUCCACCUGAUGGAACUUCCAAAUCCGGACCCUCUAACUGGACGACCUCAACAUGGUGGUCGAGAUCGUCACACUUGUAUUGCUAUUCGAGAUGUUUCUAAGCUCAAAGCAAUUCUUGAUAAAGCUGGUAUACCCUACACACUUAGCCGUUCUGGAAGACCAGCAAUCUUUACCCGUGAUCCCGACGCCAAUGCACUAGAGUUCACACAAAUAGAUGAUUAAUGUUUCUGGAAAUUUUUACCACUCUGUUGUCCACAAAACAAAUGACUGGUUCUGUUGAUAAGGUAAGGUUGAUGAUAUGAGGACUGCCUUUGAAAGUUGGAAGUGUUACCUCUUUGGAAGUUGUAUUGAUUUUGAAUUCAGUAAUGAACUUGUCGUUGUCUAUACUGGUUGUUAAUAAACUUGCCUCUUCCUCGAUUGGGCAUUUUUCUGAUGAUCUCCAAGGCAAGGUUCACACUGCAUCACCAACUUUUUCUUCUUUUCUUGAAUGCGUUUGAUCUAUUGUUGAAGAUGGACAAUUUGGUUAGCUAGUUCUUUCACGGUCUUGAUGAGAAGCUUGUUUUUAAGUAGAAUUGCAUCUUGUGAUUCCAACUUAAACAUUCUCAUUGGUGGUGAUGGUGGAAUUUUAGUCAUCUCUUUUAUGGUGGAAUACAUGUUAAGAUAAGUGGAUGUUUCUCCUUGUUUGCGCAUAAGCUUGACAAGUUUUUUCUUCUU